AAUAGGAACUUGUUCCUCCUCCACUUUCCCAGGGAAACAAAAAGAAACCUAAGAAACUUCCCGAAUGAGCUUUUAGUGGGAGACACGCCCAAGAAAAGAGAAAGCAAAAGAGCUUUCCAAGUCCUCCAUUAUCAAGAAAAGGAAGAAAGGAAGGGAAAAAAAAAUGGGAAGAAGCCCUUGUUGCACCAAGGAAGGACUGAACAGAGGGGCUUGGACAGCUCUCGAGGACCAGAUCCUCACAGAUUACAUCAAAGCUCGCGGUGAAGGCAAGUGGAGGAACAUCCCUAGGGAAUCCGGGCUGAAGAGAUGUGGGAAGAGUUGCAGGCUGAGAUGGCUGAAUUACCUGAGGCCUGACAUCAAGAGAGGCAACAUCGCUCCUGAGGAAGAAGACCUCAUCAUCAGGCUUCACAAGCUUCUUGGCAACAGAUGGUCUUUGAUUGCCGGAAGACUUCCAGGGCGAACAGACAAUGAAAUCAAGAACUACUGGAACACCACCUUAGGAAAGAGGGUGAAAGGAGAAGAACCAAAGCAACCAAAGAAGGAUGAGACGAAAAAGCCCAAGACUAGACAACCCAGCAAAAACCCGACGCCCACAUCGGCAUCUAACAUCGCCCCGGCCGCUGUUCAGCCCCAACAGGCAAAGUGCAACAAGAUAAUUGCCUAUCCAGAGCCGCAGCCAGAAGCAUCGGCGACAGAUUUCUCCUCGGUUCAAGAUCUGGCGGGGGAUCACGCAUAUGCGGUGCCGAAAUCCAGCGAGGGAUCGCCAUCGAUCAUGUCGGAGGAAGAGGACUUCGGGAAUAUCCCGAUGGACUUCAGUCUGAGUGAGCUCUUGCCGUCUGAUGUUCCUGAGUCCGAGUUCUGGAAGCAGUGCCAGUUUGAUGAUACUUUGGAACAGCCACUCCUCUUCUCAGACGAGAUGAUGAAGAGUUGGGCCAUUGAGGGUGGCUUCUGAUCCAAAGCUUGACUGAUUCGCCAGUUCGAAUCUUACUUGCUUUUUUAAUUGAAUGUGUUAAACCAUUUUGUGCUAGAGUGAUUUAACUCUGGGUUUGAACCCAUUAAAGAACUAAUGCUCAAGUUCGACUGGUCCUCGAGUCAUUAACGCCUCUGGUCUUCGAUCAGCCAGCGUUUUGGAGAAGUGUUUGACUAGCUAGUCGUGUAUUUUUGUGUUUCUUUUCUUGUCCAAAGCAUUGGUGUCUAUAUUGUGGCAAUAAGUGACGAUCUAAAUCUGAAUAAA